GCGAUGGGUUUCUCUCUCUCGGUUUCAUACAAACUUUGAGAAAUAACGAGGAGCGCCCACAAUGUGUUUUGUGCAGGGAAGUGCUUAGUAAUGAGUCUCUCAAAAUCGAACAAAUUAAAACGACAGGUCCUGACCAAACAUCGACAGCUUGACGGUAAACCCAGGGAGUUAUUUUAGAACAGGGCAGAAUACUUCAGGAAGCAGUGCUUUGACAGUGGAAAAUUCAACAGGUUCAGCAGAUAAAUAUCUGAUUCAUCAACUAGGCUACAUAAAUGGAAGAUCAUCUUACUCCCCUCCACCCCUGUCCUUAAAUCACGUAACCCACACGCUCAUGCUUCAAAGAGGGAAGUGUCGCCUUAUUCUCAGAUGUUGCCCCAGUUUACAAGCAAUCUCUUUAAAACCCCUCUCCAGCCCCCUCCUCAUCAUAGAUGUGAAGGUUUACUCCAAGUCUCACGGCACCCCGUGCGAGAAAGGCUGCGACUGUCGCGAGGAACUGAAACUCUCCGCUUUGCACUAACGCCCUCUUUACCCAACCACAUCCCUCCUUACACGCAACACCCGGACCUAUCUAUGAACCUCCUAACCUUCCGAAGAGUUCCUUCCAAAUGGAACGCAAACUGAAGAGUUCUGCUUAUAAAGGACAACAAAAUCAGCGCUGUGGCUGAUGUAUUGAUGUAUUGAUUGAUUAAACAGGAUCUCGUCCCUGAGCGAGAGCUUCUCCUUGGGCCUGAACGCUCUUGAGAGAGCUGCAGCUGAGCCACAACCACCUGCACACCCUGCACAGCAAGAGCUUCAUGCACCUGGAUGGCCUACAGAGGCUCAACCUUACUGGCAACGCCAUCCAUAACAUCCAGGUGAGGUCAUUUGGCUCCAUGUCCACCUUGCGGCAGCUCCACCUGGAGGACAACCAUCUCGUCUCCCUAAACAAUGGGGUGUUCUGCAUGCUGAAGUCCCUGGAGGUCCUCAACCUGCAGGGGAACCAGAUCAACAAGACCCAAGAGGGUGUCUUCACUGCCAUGAUCUCCCUGGCCCUGCUCAACCUGACCCACAACCAGAUGAGCACCAUCUACUUCAAGACCUUCCUAAGCAUCCACAUGUAUAGUACCCAUAUCCUGUUGGAAGGAAACCCCUGGAACUGCAAUCGUGACCUACAGAAAGUGUUCCAUAAGCUUAGAAGUGUUCAAAGGCUGUUCUUGGAUGAUUACUAUAAUCUUAGCUGUAAUGCUCCGACAGAACUAGCGAACUACAGGCUGAUGGAUGUGGAUACGGAGCUGUGUAUCGCCGAGAUGGUUAUUGUGCUGAUUAUCACGAUCACAGUGGUGAUAACAAUGUUGGAGGCCAUAGUCAUGGCGAGAGGAAGAGAAAGAAGAAGAAGAGGGGAAGGCAUUGGACAGAGCAGGGCAACUUGUCUGACUCAGAUCACAAGGGAUAGACUUCUUCUCGGCAACACAAUCCUUUUUUGUACACUUGUACAGUAACAUGAAGAAAAUAUCUCAGAGACCAUUAGAAACAUUGCCAUAUUUUAAAGGACAUUUAGUAGGCUAUUAUACAAUUUCACCAAUUAUUGUACACAAAUGUAUUAAUCAAUUACUCAAUAUGUACACUUUCUGCAUUUGUAGUAUUUUAUUAGAUACUUUGAUAUACAAUAUUGUAAUGAAACAGGCAGGGAGCAGGCCUCGAACCCUGGACCUUCCAGCCCGAAGUCCAGCGCGCUAUCGACUGUGCAGCAAAAUCAUGCUCAAGCGGCAGAGUCGAAUUAUCCGCGCUUAUAAACCCUGGGUUGUUGCAAUAUGAACAAUACUACAAGUGUGGAAAAUAUUAAAUUAAACGAAAUUGAAAGGUGCACAAGCUGCAUUCUAUUCUAUAUAUUUUCUUUAUUAUGUAGGAAAUAUAGAUUUUAUAGAUGUUAUAGAUUUUUAGAAACAAUAACAAUUGCACAUAUUGCCUUUACAGUUCGUUAUAAACAUGCUUUUAAGCAUUUACAGUAGUUGGUGUAUGUUGAAGGGCAGCGGGACAAUAUUUGGGAGGUUGGUUUCACUUUAACAGAUAGCACAGACGUCACACGAAACCCAUCCUCUGGGCGUAUCGAGUUCGGAGUUCCCAUCUGAGCGAAAUGGCCUGAACGAAGGUGUGGUUGUAGGUCGGAGUAUUUGCAUGAGUCUUAAAAUAUAUUACUUACGGUGUUAUCGUUCAUCUGUAUCAUGCAUGCAUAGGAAAACGACGAAAUAAACUGAAUUGUAGGCAAUGCAGGAAGCGUUCGAUUUACGACUGGGAGACACAACUGCCACCGUCGAACCUGCGUAGUCAUAGUUGAAAGAAUAGGAAUACGGACCGGUGACUUUGUCAGAGAUGGCCGCAGACGAUAAAGUGGUCAUCCUUUCGGAUGAUGAAGAAGAUCAAAAGAGGAAGUACGUCCUGGACGAACCCUUCAACAAUCUUUCCCUGGAGCUUCAGAUCGACCGAGAGCCAGGCUCCACUCCAGUGUCUGCUGCAGCAUCAGACACACAGUCUGCUCCAGAGACACCCAUGGCCUUACCACUGAAAGACCUAGGCUGCUUUGAGAGGAUGUGCCUAAGAGUCAACUCCCAGCUCCUCAUCUCCAAGAUCUUCUACUUCUUCUUCUAUGCAGCAUACGGAUCCCUGCACCCACUCCUAGCCGUCUACUACAAACAGCUAGGGAUGUCACCAAGCCGUAGUGGACUGUUGGUUGGGAUCCGGUACUUUAUAGAGUUCUGCAGUGCGCCAUUCUGGGGAGUUGUGGCCGAUCGUUUUAAGAAAGGGAAGCCAUUGUUGCUGUUCUCUGUGCUGUGUUGGUUGGUGUUCAACUGUGGCAUCGGCUUUGUCAAACCAGCUGCCAUGAUCUGUAAGGAGAAGGUGGACAUCCCCACUGUGGCCCCACCAAUACUGCCCUUGACUACUAUGACACCAAUUAACGGCUCGCUACCGGACGCCUCCACCAAUCACACGAGAAGUCGCCGGGAUUUGUUUCAAAGUUACUUUCCUAGCUUCCCUUUUGUUUUGAAUGGCCUUGAUUCUGGCUAUAGUGUACGCCGCAGGCAUAGGAGAGGUGCUGAUAGCAAUACCACUCAAUCCACUGGGGUGCCUUACGAGCAGAACAAUGCUACUACAGCUACGACAACAGCCACUCACACCCCCACCGGCGCCCAACCCAGAGUGGUGCCUAAUGAGCAAGCCAAUACCACUCAGCUUUUACCGAAUACCACAAAUAUGCCACUGACCACUAAAAACCCCACCCAUGCCCCCACCACCACCAAUUCCACAUUGAUGCCUCACGAACAGGGCAAUACCACUCAAGUGACUCCAAAUACUACAACAACCACUAUGGCAACCACUACCACCACCCUUGCCCCCACCCAACCUAAAGAGUACAUCAUUGAGUACAACGAAGAUCAGGUCGAGAGCAUUUUUCUCCUGAUCCUCUUGGUCAUCAUCGUGGGGGAGUUUUUCAGCGCGCCGGCGGUCACCAUUGUGGACACAGUGACGUUACAGUACCUGGGGAAGCACCGGGACCGUUACGGCCUGCAGAGAAUGUGGGGGUCCCUUGGCUGGGGCGUGACCAUGCUGCUAGUGGGUAUCUGGAUAGACCACACCCACAUUACGCUGCUCAUCGACGGCGUGGUCGGCUGUAUCCUGCCCGAGUACAAGAACUACCAGGUGGCCUUCAUAGUCUUUGGAGUGAUGAUGGGUCUGGCCCUGGUGGUAGCAACACAAUUCUACUUCGACAGUGGGGACUACAGACAGGAGUUGCCUCAGAGGGCCCAGGAGGUAGAGAUACCACAGGUAGAUGGGAACGUGGCAUCUCCAGAGGAGAGCUCCACCUCGGACCAGACCCCCAUCACCCCAGAGUCCACCACCACCGAACAGCCUUUCUAUUACAGUGACCUCCUCAGGCUACUGUGUAGUGUUCAGUACAGCACGGUGCUGUUCGUUGCCUGGUUCAUGGGCUUCGGUUACGGCUUUGUGUUCACCUUCCUGUAUUGGCAUCUAGAGGACCUGAAGGGGACCACCACGCUGUUUGGUGUGUGUUCGGUUCUGAGUCAUGUGUCGGAGCUGGCUGCUUACUUCACCAGUCAUAAGUUUAUCGAGCUGGUGGGACACAUCAGGGUCUUGUACAUUGGCUUGGCAUGUAACACAGCACGCUACCUGUACAUUUCUUACUUGGAGAAUGCAUGGAUAGUUCUGCCUAUGGAGGUCUUGCAAGGUGUGACCCAUGCGUCGGUUUGGGCAGCCUGUAUCUCCUACCUGAGUGCCGCGGUGCCCCCAGCUCUGAGGACCUCUGCCCAGGGUAUCCUCCAGGGUCUACACCUGGGGCUGGGACGGGGCUGUGGGGCCAUGGUGGGGGGCGUCUUCGUCAACUAUUUUGGAGCUGCAGAGACGUUCAGAGGGAUUGGAAUGGCUUCCCUGGUGAUACUCCUCAUCUUCUCCUUCAUUCAAUGUCUGACUGGACAGAAUGAGGAAAAGGAGGACAGGAUGCUAGCAGAGAACAUUCCGGUUCCUUCCAGUCCAGUUCCCAUCGCUACCAUAGAUUUGAUGCAGAGCCAGGUUGGUGUUAUGGUGCCCCGCCCUGACCCUAGACCCCCGGCUAAGAAGACCAAGCACCAGGAGGAGCAGGAGGAUGUUAACAGACCGGCCUGGGUACUGAGUGGAUCCCCCUGGGUCACCAUAGCCUUCGCUGUCUGCCAGAUCAGAGAGAUGUACUGCAUGGCUAAGAGUAGUCUACCCUCGGAGACACAGCCACUGCAGUGACUAUGUGAACGAUUUCCCCCCCCCACGCCUUCAUGUGAACUAAAGAAAGGAGCAAAAUGAUCAGACCUCUUCUGAAUACCAGGCAGUGGAGACUGAACACAGCACAGAGCAACAGGAGUCGCCACACCACCAUAACGGUUCCCCAAGCAGUGUAUCUAGCAAGGCCCACCCCGCAGAGCACCCCGAAUCCCAGCCCUCUCCCCUACCAGACCAGGGGAACUCUGUGGCGCACCCUGCCUUUUUACCUGGUAAUUUUGAGGCUUCACAUCAACUGUCUAGUACAAACCCUUUCCGACAGUAGAUUAAAGGCUUGAGUUGAGUUUAGAGACGGAGCAGGUACUUAUAUUGUCGCGGGCCUCCUUUUGGUUCCUGCGACAUGUACAGCAGGGAAGAGGUACUCCACAUCGAUGACUGUGCUCUAAAAAAAAGUACAGAAUGAUUGUUUUCUGUGCGUGUGUCAUCUGACAUGGUGUAAAUAGAAUUUGAUCUCGAAAGGGUCCAAAGGGAUUGUUGCCUUCUAGAAUGCAAUGUAUUUAUUUCCUCUGUGUCUUCCUGCACGAGCUUCUGACAAUCAUGUUAUUAUUUUGACUCUUGGGAUGAAAUGAUGUGUAUAUACAAUAAAAAUGUAUUUUGUAGAUAAAUCAUUUAACUUUCAC